AUGUCGUUUGAUGAUAACUACGUGAAGAAACUCACGUCCAGCAAAGAACCAAUGGAUGAAAUCUUUCCUCAAACUGGCCAAGUCACGAUUCCUAUCUCCAACUUAUUUGAAGAAUAUGUGAAGCUCUUUGAUGAACCAGAGUCUGCUAUUCUCUCUGAAACAAAAGCAGCUGACAACGAAGUAGACAAUCUGAAGAAGAUUAUUGACGAAGCUGCUAAAGUCAUGGAAAGCAAACCUUCAAGUUCAGGUGGACCUCAAGUAUCUGCCAUCUCUCAAAGACGAGUGAAUUUUCCCAUUCUACUUUCCAGGGGGAGAAUUUAUCAACCACCAUACCCAAUGAAACGUCCAAUCGAGGGGGAGAAUUUUGUGCCUAAAGCAGAAACUGGUUCAUCAUUCGAGGGGGAGAAUGCAAUACAAGACGAACUCAAUGAAUUUGAGCGAAACAAAGUAUGGAGACUGAUUCCUACACCAAAGGAUGCAUCUGUGGUUGGAUUAAAGUGGGUAUUCAGAAACAAGAUGGACAAAGAAGGGAACGUAAUCCGAAACAAAGCUAGAGUGGUAGUCAAAGGUUAUUGCAAGGAAGAAGGAAUUAACUACAAAGAGACCGUCGCACCUGUUGCUAGAUUAGAAUCUGUUCACAUCUUCUUGGGAUAUAAUGUUGAUGAUGAUUUCGGUGGUGUUGAAGUUUGGUCUACAAAUUCUGAAGAUGAAGAAGUGAGGAAGCCCACCCAUGGCAGGGCUUUGUUAGUGAAAGAAGAGAACGUUGCAGAAAGUGUCUGA